AUGGCGCACGGGCCUGCGCCUCCUGCGGCGGUCGCGCGGGGCGCGGGUGGGCAUGGGCUUGUCCCUGGCGAGCCAGAACUGGAAGAACAUGGCGGCGGUGCCCAAGGCGACGGUGAGGACGACAUAGAAGACGACCCAGGCGUGGAGCUCGCCCUUCUCGACGCUCUCGAUCUCGCGGGCGGUCGGGAAGUGGCCGGCGAGCUGGCCGAUGCCGAACAUGCAUGCGCAGCUGCCAGCGUAGGCGGUGGAGAAGAUGAGCAUCUGCUUCUGCAGGCAGACGGCCAGGGCGCCGAAGGCGAGGCCGGACACGGCGGCGGCGACGUAGUGGCGUUGGGGGAUGGGGGCGUGGUGGGGAGGGGAGGGGGAGGGGGAGGGGGAGGGGCGAGGAGGGGGAGGGGCGAGGAGGGGGAGGCGAACAUGCCGAGGUUGAGGGCGCGCAGGGCGAGGAAGCCGAGCAGGGCGCCGCCGAGCAGCAUGGCGGCGAUGGCGAUGGGUGCUGUGUGGCGAGCGAUACUCUUUUGGGGGCGCGCUCACGGCAUGCGAUUGGGUGUGCCUAAAGUGGGAGGCAGCGGGGAGUAUAGUCGCACACGUGUGCCUUACAAGACGGAAAUUAAAAGAAAAUAAAAGAAAGUAAAAGACAUGGUGAUGGCGCGCCUGACAGUCGGGAGAAUGCCGUCGUACACGUGUGCUACACGUGUGCUUUCCAAUUCAUGGGCAAUCAAACGUUGCCCUUUUUUUAUUAUGAAAAUGCAUCGUGACUGCCGGGACGCAGCGGAGGACGCCGGCCUGACAGAGUCGCGAUCAGGAGAAUAGGUCCUGCGCGGUCAUCCGCUCCGAGACGUCUGGCCCUGGCCCCGUCUCAUUUUUGCCCCUGGUGUUGGGUCCAUGACUCAGCUCGCCUGGUAUGCCGUGUUGUAGCGCAUUUUUAAUCGUUUAAAUAUCAUUGGUGCGCCACUGCCAACAGUGGACGAAGCAUGA